UGACACAAAAGGGGAGGAGAGCUGUGUUAGUAUAACAGUGGUUACGUACUGAAAAUAAACCUGAGUGAGACUACAGACAUCAUGAGAUUCAGUUCAAUAUUUACACUCAUUUCUGUGUUGUUUGCUGGACCAUAUGGAUUCAUUAGAUCACAGAGUCUUUUCAAAGCCUCUGAAGGAGAGAACUUUACAGUCACAUGUCUGGUUUAUUAUUUUGGAAAAACUCAAAUCUUUUGUAAAAUUGACUGUGACAAAGAAGAAAACAUUCUGGUUCAGAGUGCAGGCUCCAGUCAGCAGAACGGCAGAUACAGUAUUCAAUAUAAACGUGUUUCAUCAAAUAUAUACGAUAUGUCUGUGAGCAUUACAGAUGUGCACAGAUCGGACGCAGGACUCUACAAGUGUGGGCUGGAAUAUGGGCAGAGAAACUCAAACAUGGUGGAAUUUCAAAUCGAGGUCUCCUUUGAAGAACUGCUAUCAUACAGUUUUAUUACUGCAUCAGAAUACCAGAGCACACACCCGACCACCUCUACUCCAUCAGACCAUCUAGGGCCACAAACUCCACCAACAACGAGGCGUCAAACCCAUCUGCUGUGGCUGCUGCUGGUCCCCGUCGUCAUGGUGAUGGUCUCUGUGCUGCUCAUCAUGGUACGCCGAAAGAAAAGUGUGGAACAAGCAGAUGAUAAAACCAAAGUUAAUCCAAGAGAGGACGAUGAAAAGUAUGAAAACGAGCGCGAUGCUGCAGUGAAGGAGUGUGCAGACUGCACUUACCAGAGCCUCUGUGUGGACAACAUGGACCCAAACCAAAUCUACACUUCCACAUGAGACCAGGGCUGGAGUGGACGUGGUACGUGGGAGUACCACGUCCACCAACUUCUCCCGACAUGAGAUAGAAAAAACAGUUUAGUCCUGGUUCGGUCCUGGUUUAGUCCUAGUUUAGUCCUGGUUUAGUCCUGUCUUAGUCCUAGUUUAGUCCUGGUUCAGUCCUGGUUUAGUCAUGUUUUAUUCCUGGUUUACAUAGUCCUGGUUUACGUAGUCCUGGUUUAGUCCUGGUGUAGUCCUGCUUUAGUCCUGGUUUAGUUCAGGUUCAGUCCUGGUUUAGUCCUGGUUUAGUUCUAGUUUAAUCCUGGCAUAGUCCUGGUGUAGUCCUGGUUUAGUCCUGUUUUAGUCCUGGUUUACUCCUGGUUCAGUCCUGGUUUAGUCCUGGUUUAGUCCUGGGUCUGGCCUGGUUUAGUCCUGUUUUAUUCCUGGUUUAGUCCUGUUUUAGUCCAGGUUUAGUCCUACUUUAGUCCUGGUUUAGUCUUAGUUCAGUCCUGUUUUAGUCCUGGUUCAUGUGUUGUAGUCUUGGAUUGAUGUUCUGUAGGUGAUUAUAAAUGGUGUUAAUAUUAAUCACAUGAUUCCGCUUCAUUAAUUAAAAAAAUAUAAAGUGUUUGUAUUCAACUACAUUGAGGCGAUCUCUUUUCCCAGAUCCAACACCGGCUCACUUGGCCUAAUUCAACCUCUGCAUCCUUUUUUUUUUU